GGAAGGGAAGGGAAGGGAAGGGGGCAGAGUGGGCAUCUCCGGACCAGCACUUCUCUGUGCCUCAUCCAGAGAAGUAAACAUGGACGAAUGGGCGCCUCGGGCACUUCUGUGAUGUUGCUGUAAGAAUGCCGCCGCCGCGGAUUUCCCGAAUCUUCGCCUUUACGCUUCUGUUGUGCGGCGUUUGGCUGAAAUCCGCAGCGCAGCGUGGAGCAUUUGAAGUGUUGAUUAAAGUCCAGAUCUUUGACAACGGUGACCUUUCAUCUCUGAAAGAAGCUGCAGUUCAGGUGCAUGGGAACCAAUCCAUCUUGGCAUCUGGCCUCACAAGGGAGGACGGUAUUGUCACGGUUAACUUCCUGUACCGCCCAGGAACUUGGGUCAUUGUCUCAGCCUCCAAGCAUGGAUUUGUGACCAACUCCGCACCUUGGCAUGCCAACCGCAUCCCCUUGUAUGCAUCAGUGAGCCUUUAUCUGCUUCCCCAAAGGCCAGCUACACUGCUUCUCUAUGAUGACGUGGUUCAGCUCCUGCUUGGUUCUCCAGGUUCCAAAAAUCAUCCAUGGGUACAGCUCCAGAGAAAAGCCAUUGGACCCACAGUCAACGCCUCCCAAGUCACUCUCUCGGCCAUGCUCACAUCCACAAGGAGCCAGUACGAGCUUGGUGGCUUUCCCUACCCCCUCGGCCUGGAGAACAACAGCACAGGCUUGAACAAUAGCUGGGUAGAGCUGACUGCAGUGGCUGCAGUUUGUGCCACGCUCACUGGACCCAAUGGCACUGAGGUGCAGGUGUCAGAACCCAUCCAUGUUUCUGUCCCGCUUCCCUCAGACUCACCCGUCAAAUCUGCCACCAGUGUCCCCAUCUGGAGGUUUGAGGACAGGACAGGUCUUUGGAUUAGAAGUGGUGUGGGCUACAUUAAAAAAGAUGGGUCUCACAUGACCUGGAGCUUUGUGGCUUCACAAUUAGGAUACUGUCUUGCAGCUUUUCCAUCUGCUGGAGGCAAAGUGCUGAACAACUCUGGCCUGAGAGAUAUCACUACGUACCACACCAUCUUCCUUCUGACAAUUCUGGGUUUUAUGGCCUUACUGGUUCUCAUCCUGCUCUGCAUGUUGCUCUACCACUGCAGGAGGAGAUGCCUGAAACCCAGGCAACAUCGCCGUAAAAUGUAUAUCUCAUCUACUCUGGAGAGUGCCAAAAGGGACCAGGGUACAUCCACUUCCCAUCUUAACCUCAUAAGUGGAGGACAUUUGGAGACAGCUUCCUCCACUGGAGCUGGUGUGAAAUCGGACCUGUCCUCUACAAAGGACUUGCACAGCUCAAGGGAAGACUUUUUCAGGCGCAAGCAACGCCAUUCCAAGGGGAACAGCAAACAAGGCGAGAGCUUCCCACUGCAUGUCUUGUGUUCUAACAAUACCAACAACUUAGAUCUCCUUCUGCAAGAUGACCAUCGAAUGAGUUAUAGUCCAACAAAUGAUUCUGAUGAUCGUAGGAACCAUCGUCAUCCCCAUAAUGCCAAGGACAACCAAGGUUAUACAUCUGAUCCUCCUUCUCCCCCACAGCUGCUCCCAUUUUCUGGUCUCUACCAGGAGCAAAGACGGGACAGCAAGCCCCCAGAGUACUCUGCCUCUCAGGCUGCAGAUAAUUUAAACAGACCUGUCUCCAUGAAUGCACAGCCAGGCCAGCUCGUCUUCUGCCAUUCCAUGGAGCAAAUGAAGGACAGCAUGUACCACAGUGUUGUUCCCACUUUAGUCAUCCCAGCACAUUACAUGCGCCUCUCCACAGAUCUGUCAUCCAUGGAACAGGCUGUGGAAAGGCAGCAGCAGCUGCAGCAUGAUGUGGAGGCCAUUCAGGUAAGCAUGACAUUACCUUGCCAGCAGAGUCAACAGCAGCAGCAGGAUGCCAAGCUGCAGAAUGAGACAGAAAAAGCUAGCCAGCAAGGAGAGGGGUCAGUGUCUCAGAACUGGAAUUCAGAUGCCUCCACCAGCCCAGUCCACAUCCCUGUGCUUUUCAACGAAUCUACCAUGACACAGAUGAAUGGAGAGCUGAAGGCUCUCACAGAGAAAAAGCUACUGGAACUGGGUGUAAAGCCUCAUCCUAUGGCCUGGUUUGUGUCCCUUGAUGGCCGUGCCAAUUCACUAGUCCGGCACUCCUACAUCGAGCUGGGUAAUGAGCCUCUACGGGCACCCCAAGAGCACCAUGCAGAGACAUACCCAGGGAAUGCAGGAAGGUCUUCCCAGAGAAAAAGCAAAGAGGAAAGAAAAGCAAGGGAAGGGGGUGAGCGAAAGGCCCAUGGCAAAAUCUACUCUAAGCUCCCAGUCAUUGACAGCACUAAGCCUAGCACCAGCAGUGAAAGCCACAAAGGCCCCUACGCACCAGAGGAUGGUUCAAUGGCACCACUACUUGAUGACACUCCUGAGGCCAAGGGUGGAACAUUUCCACGUAAAGGACGCAGCCGGGACUACAGUGGCCACAGUAGCAACACAGAAGCCCGCAGGGAUUUGGAAACCAGCCCUGAUGACGAUGACAAUGAUGGAGAUGACAAGGACGAUGAAGGCGAGAAUAAGAAGAGCCCGUGGCAGAGGCGUGAAGAAAGACCACUUAUGGUAUUCAAUGUCAAGUAGUCCCAGCAAGCAUUCCACCAUGGACUCUUCAGUUUUCUUGUCUGCCAAGACAAGAAAAAAUGGUAUUGCAGUCAAGAAUCAUCAUGGAACUUUGUCUACACUGUUGCCUCUUACUGUGAGUCUCUUGACUCACUCAUCAACAAAAAAAAUGCACUGUUGCUUUUCUUGUGGACCAGUUUACAGAAGACAUAGUCAGAGGCGCAUCACCCCAACAAUAGAGACAAUAUGAUUUUAAAUGUGACUUGCCUCUACUGGACAGCAAGUACUCAAGGUCAAUUCUUUUGAAUGCCCUGCAAGUGUAUUUUUGUAGGAUGUCAACACCACUAAACCAGACUAUGCUAUUUUUUUAAGCCUAGUUUAUUUCUUGAAAUAAUUUGGUAUGGUUUACUUUCUGAAAAAAAUGUGACUACCCUGAAAAUGAUGUUUCUUCUAUAACGGUCACUUCUGCACUCUACUAGGAAUCAUUAUGAGCCAUUUUUAAACUUAUUGGACAUAUUCCAUGGGCCUUAAAGAAUUUCUCAAAGGAGAGCGUGCCCAACGAUUAAGAAGUGUUAAAAAGACAUAACAACUGAAGUGUGGAAGGUCUGGAUAUGUUCAGGCUUUCAUAACAAAUUGUUUUUUAAAUAAUUGGUAAGAAAAUAUAGAUGUAUUUGUCUGAAUCAAACCAUAAUAAAAGGGAGCAAAAUA